CUCAACGAAGAUGACUGGACGCGGCAAAGGAGGCAAAGGACUCGGAAAAGGAGGCGCCAAGCGUCAUCGCAAGGUUUUGCGUGAUAACAUCCAGGGAAUCACCAAGCCCGCCAUCCGUCGUCUGGCUCGCCGAGGCGGUGUCAAGCGUAUCUCCGGUCUGAUCUACGAGGAAACCCGUGGUGUGCUGAAGGUGUUCCUGGAAAACGUGAUCCGUGACGCCGUCACCUACACCGAACACGCCAAGCGUAAGACCGUCACCGCCAUGGACGUCGUCUACGCUCUCAAGCGCCAGGGACGCACUCUGUACGGUUUCGGAGGAUAAGCGGAAGUCUCGCUCAACAAC